AUGGCUAGGCGUUUGAUCCCAACCCUCAACCGUGUCCUGAUUGAGAAAAUCAUCCCACCCUCUAAAACCACCGCCGGCAUUCUCCUCCCCGAGUCAUCCACCAAGCUUAACUCAGGGAAGGUGGUCGCUGUGGGACCAGGAGCCAAGGAUAAGGCUGGGAAUGUGAUUCCGGUGGCUGUGAAAGAAGGUGAUACAGUUCUUUUGCCUGAGUAUGGGGGCACCCAAGUCAAGCUUGGUGACAAAGAGCUCCAUUUAUACAGGGAUGAGGACAUCUUGGGCACUCUCCAUGAAUGA